AUGUUCGCAAAGGAGACGCUUGGGCCGCGCUGGUGCAUUCCACCGAAUAUAGUAGGUUGCCUCAUCCCAAAAGAACGCGAGCUGUACAGGAUUAUUUCACCACCAAUCAACGUCUCUCGCCGCUCUUGUACUGCUCCUCGCUACCUUUCCGAUCUCUCUCGCAUGACGAGCAACGACCGUAUACCGAAGUGGCUUGCCGGUUUGAAGUCACUAGGCCACAUUCUCGUCUUUGGCUCGAACUCCGAGACUCUUCGUAUGAAGGCAAUGAACCAUUGCUGGACUCUGGAAAGCCAUGUUUACGCGGCGAAGGUGUGCACGGUGACCUCGACUGCUACGUAUAAGGAACACGCCGAGAUCAUUGACGUAGCCCUAGAUGCACGAGAUGUUUUCUGUGAAGGGAUGCAGUCAAUCAUGGAGACGGACCUGGAGGCUUCUUCAGAGCCGAGUUCUUUGCGUGAAGUUCUCUCUGAAAAACAGACUGCGUUCUUUAGCCUUGUGCAACACCUGGAAGAGGAUUGGGGAGAAUAG